ACAGUAUAGUUUCUGUCUCUCAUUGGUGCCUGUGAUGUCACAUUUCUGUUAUGACACCUAGAUUACCUACUGAUGGGGCAGGGGAAAUGGCUUUUCACCACCAGUGUAGUUUCUGAUAGGCAGAGGGACAUAGUCAGAAGGACAUGGUGUUCUUUAUUGAUAGUAACUGCUUUCCUUAAAAAAAAACUGUAAAAAAAUCAGUAAUUUUCAGGAUGAUUGCUUGGAAAACAUCUUGCCUUCACUUCCUGCCAUCAGCCACAAAUCAACAAAUAGUAAAGAAAGGAAGCUUGGCUUCAAGGAUCAGGCCUGUGACAAGAUCUAGUCUGAACCUGCCAUCACUGGUCAUCUCUCAGAAGCUGAACCACUGUGAUAAGCUGGAUGAUAUAAAUGAAGUAUUCCUAAAGCUCUCUAUGCUUUAUAGCAAUUUGCAUGAUCCAAUGAGAGAACUAUUGCUUCAAUGUGCAUGUGAAGAUCAACAAAAGCGUUAUCAGGUUUCCUACUUUGACAAGUUCUCAACGAAUCUGGUGCCUAAAGAGGCAUAUUGUUCACCACGGCCGGAUCAUAUGCCCCUAACAAAAAGAAGGCUUUCUAACAAGGCUGCCAAUGAGCGUAGAGCUUUUGGAGUGUAUAGGCAAGAUAUUCCAUUACCAACUAUAAUUGCAAGAUGGAUACCAAAGACCAUGACAUCUCAGUAUGAUCAGCAAUCAGUUAUUCAAGAGCUUACAAAUUUUGGUGACAUUGAAUCACUUACCCCUUUUGGAAGACAAACAGUCAUUGUCACAUUCAAAGAGAUCUGCUCUGCAUGCAAAGCAGUGAGUGCUUUCCCACCUAAUGGCCCUAAGAGGCAUCUACAGUGCUUUUGGCAUCAUAAAUUCUUGUCAAAAUACGAAAUUCCAAAAGACAAAAGAGCUAAACUCUAG